AUGAAUUUCUUUAACUCAAAAGCCGAAAAGGCUAGUCCUGCAGCAUCCGUAACCGCCGCCGCUUCUUUUAAAGAAGAAACAUCUUCCGGAGUUGACAUCGAAUACGAUGUUGGCCGCUUCAAUCAUGGUAUUGACCGAGAAGGUCAAGGAUCCAGUUUCCUCGCUUAUUUCAACAUUGUCUGUGUUGUGGCAGGCACCGGUGCACUCCAAUUACCAUAUGCACUUGCACAAGGUGGUUGGAUAGGCUUGUUAAUUCUAUUUCUCAGCUGGAUCUUUUCUACUUAUUCUGGUGUUGUACUUAUUCGAUGCUUGUAUCACGACGGUCAAUCACGCCUUUCUUCGUACCAAGAGGUGGCCCAUGCAGCAUUCGGUGUCAUUGGCAGCUGGAUCGCGUUCUUUUUUACGGCUAUUACCCUUAUUGGUGUCCCUGUCCUUUGGGUGAUGCUUGCUGGACAAAACCUUAACCAAGUAUGCGCAGGCACAUCAGCUGAAUUGACAAUGCCCAUUUGGACCAUUAUCUCGGCAGCGGUGGUGGGUAUCCCCUUUGUCUUUUUCAAGUCGCUCAAAGAAGUCGGCAUUGGCAGUCUUUUUGGCAUGUUGACAACCGUCAUUGUGGUGCUCAUUGUACUCGGCGAAGCGAUCGUUGACCAAAACUCACGUGAUCUCAACCCACACCAUGAUCCUGUUAUCUGGGACAAGUUUCCUGUUGCAUUGAGCUCCAUCGUAUUCAGCUUUGGUGGCAACCCUGUUUAUCCAAACGUCGAAGCCGGCAUGCGUACACCCAAACAUUGGAAUCGUGUGAUCUUUGCAGGCCUCGCUACGUGUGUGGCUAUCUACUUGGUGUCAGCUAUUCCUGCCUACUACAUUUAUGGUGAUGUCGUCAAAUCGCCCAUGUACAACAGCUUGCCAGAGAACAAUGGCAAACUCGCUGCUAUCAUCUUGAUCACCGCUCACGUGCUACUUGCCAUGCCCAUCCUUAUGACAUCAUUUGCCCUCGACCUCGAAAAGUUAAUGCACAUUUCAACAUUCCAUCAUUCACGCUGGCUCGAAUUCAUUUUACGUGCUCUCUUGCGUAUCACAAUGAUGGUUGUCGUCACCGUCAUCGCUAUUGAAGUCCCAUCGUUCGGCAACAUCAUGUCGCUUCUCGGUGCCUUUUCCAAUUGUGCUCUGAUUUUGAUCUUCCCUAUCAUCUUUUAUUAUCGUCUCACUGGUCUCUUCAACAAGCCCUGGUAUGAGCUCAUCUUUGGUGCCGUUGCCAUUCUUCUCGGUAUCGUUGGCUUGAUUUUCGGCAGCAUGGAUGCUAUUAAAGGUCUCAUGAAGGAAUUUGGCCCACAGUAA